AUGCCCGAGCGCUCCUCGGCCCUUUGGCCGCGCCUUUCGGCCGCUUGCCGGCGCCCGCCCGCCGUGCACAUGGGCCCCAGUGCGCCCGGCCACCGAGGCACGGCCAUCGGCCGCGCCGUCGGCCUGGCGGCCGGCCUGCUGGCGGCGGUGCUGGCGCUGGCGGCGGAGCCGGCCCGGUCGCAAAUGCCCCCGCCCUCGGGGCUGCCGGACAUCUACCUCUACCGGCCGCUGGCGUCCAUGACGCGAGCCCAGGGCCCCAUACAGGUGGUCACCGCGCCGGGGGAGCUGUCGGUGCUGGUCCGGCAGGGCGACCCGGCCGUGGUGGAGGUGUAUGACCAGCACGAUGCGCUGGACGUGCUGCCGGAGUACCGGCUCGGGUCCUUCUUCGGGCCGGUGCCCCGGGAGACGGUGGUGUGCCCGCGAGGGGGCGGGGCCGACGCGGGGAGCCGGGUCCUGGCGCUGCCGGUGGCCGGGACCCGGACCCCGGCCCUGGUGCAGCACACCGCCCAGUGGCUGGCCCUGUUCGAGUCGGCGACCGAGCACCCGCUGCCGGGGCCGGGGACGGAGAUCCUGCGCGGGCUGGCCGCCGGGGUGCACGAGGUGGACCUGCUCGGGGUGACCGGCGUGCCGGGGCAGCCGAAGCAGGGCCGGCUGUUCCUCGGCCGGCUGACGGCCGCCGGGCUGGCCGUGCGGCCGGUCGACAUGCCGGUGGCCCUGCCGGUGCUCACGGCCACCGGGACCCGGGGGCACUUCUAUGUGGCCGAGGAGGAUGUCCUGCACAGCAUCGCCCUGGCGGCGGACGGCACGGCCGUGGUGGCUACCAUGCCGCUGUCGGACACCGUCGUCAGCAUGGUGACCACGCGGCUGGUGUCGACGGUGGCCCAGUGCCCGGACCAUGCGGAUGUGGUGGUGGCCACGGCCGACGGCCGGCUGCGGGUGCUGCCCUGCCACGGGGGCAGCCAGCCCGGGCCGGAGCUGGAGGCCGAGGUGCCGGAGUGGCUGCUCUGGGUGCAGAACACCCUGAUGGCCGUGGGGCCGGCCUCGCUGGACCGGCCGGCCGGGUUCUUCUUCUACCGGUCGCCCGGGGAGGAUUUUUACGACCGGCCGUAUGUGUGGCGCGUGAGCGUCAGCCCGGCCGGCGGGGAGCUCCUUUGGCAGCGCGUGGUCCUGUAUGACCUGUAUGUGGAAAUGUAUGCCAUGGGCCGGUUCCGCACCUCGGAGGCCGGCCCCUGGGAUUGGCUGGUGUUCGAUGGCCGGCGGGUGCUCUUCGACAUGGCGACCUUGCGGUGCGCCGCCGACCGGAGCAUCGUCUGCGACGGGCCGCUGGGCGGGUACACCGACACGCACAAUGCGUUCGACACCGCGUCGCCGGCCAAGCCCGGCAAGCUUCACCCCUCGGCUGGGCCCCCUGGGCAGGCAGGCGCGCCGGCGCUGCCCGUGAAUCCGGCCGCGAAGAAGGCCUCGAAGGCGGGCCGCCAGCCAGCGGCUGCCUCGGAGGACAAGCUCCCGCCCGGACCGCCGGGGGGGUGUCCCACAAAGCAACCUCACGAGGGCAGCCACGCCAUGCAGGCCGCGGAGGCGGUGUCGGAGUCGGCGCGAGGCCUGGUGCCGGGGCCGGUGAAUGUCACGCCUCCGUCGAGGCAGGCUCGGCCGACGGUUGGCCGGCGGAAGAUGGUGCCACUGGUGUUCCAGGAGUGGGACCCUCUGCCGGCCGCGACGGGCAACGAGCCAUGCGCUGCGAAGCCGGCGAGUGGGCGGCCGCCGGUCCCCGGCCGGGUCACCUCGCAGCCGAGGGCCCAGCAGCAGGCCCGGUGGCGCGCCGGGGCGGCCUUGACAUCGGCGGUGUUUGGCGCGGAGCUUUUGUUGGCGCUCCGCUGGCCGAUCCGGCGCCGGCGGCCGGGUCUCACCGGUCGGCCGGGUGUCCCCGGCCGGCCGGCACCGAUGGGCCGGGCGAAGGCGCGGAAGGUGCUGCGCCGGCCGCUUCAGAGCCCGGCCGAGGUGGCCAAGCUGGUGGGUGUGCAUGGCCUGCUGCUGGAUGUGCCGAAGGGCGUGCACAUGGCGUCGGCGGGCCGGGUGAUCCUGGCCUUCGGGUCGUGCCGGGCGACCGGGCUGCCGCAGGGCGAGCGGUUUGUCUGGCGGGAAAGCCCCCCGGGCGGGGGCAGCCUGGCGUCCGGCCUGGGCCAGUGCGUUGUCCGGGUUGACGGGCUGCUGUUUGUCGGGGCCGGCCAGAGGGUGUCCUGCUACGGGCCGGGUGGCAGGCCCGGGCCCGAGGCCGGCAUGUCGUUGGUGCGGGCCGUCACCAGCCGGGCGCAUCACUCGCUGAAGGUGGUGCGUACCGGGGCCCUGGCGGUGGUGCUGGACGCCCGUGAGGUGCCGCUGUUCUUGGUCCUCCGGGGCCGGGUCAUUUGGUCGCGCGUGUGGGAGAAUGCCGACCCGUGGACCGAGCACCCGGCCGAGUGGCCCUUCGCCGGGGUGUCGGCGUCGCCGGAGCGAGGGCUCCUGGUGCUGAAGCGCGCCCUGGUCGAGGUGGCCAUGAGCCCGGGCCCGGGGCCGGCGAGCGGGGCGAUCCUCCUCCGGCACCACGCCAAGCAUGUCACACUGGCCGUGAGCUCGGCCGCUCCGGGGGUGGUGCUAGUCCGGUCGUCGGAGAGGCAACUGCUGGGGGUGUCCCAUAACGGGGCGUUCCUUUCGUUUGUCACCCCUGCGGCAUCGGCCAGCGUGGGCCGGCCGGCCGGCCGGAAGUCCCAGUUCCUGAGCGGAUUGCGGGUGGUCGGCCCGGAGACGCCCCGACUGCGGUGUGAGUACCUGAUGCAUCAGGGAAGGCUGCUGGUCUUUCUGCAUGCGGGUCUGCUCCUGUCCUUUGACUUCGGCCACGAUGGCGCCGGUCGUUCGGGGCCCAGGCCGGCCCGGGGCCUGGUCCAGGGCCGGGUGCUCGUGGAAGGUCUGUCCCCCGAGUGCAGGUUCGUGCCAGGCCCGGGCCCCGAUGCAUGGGCUCUCUUGAAUCCGGCCGGCCGCGGGCCGGGGGUUCUGCUUGACCUUGAUGGCCAUGUCAUUCAGGUAUGCCGCCCGGCGGCAACUCGGGCAUGUGGUGCCCUCUGGGUGCUCGUCGGCCCGGUGUCCCGGGCAUGA